ACAGAUCUGACACCAACACAUAUUAGCUGGCAACCAUCAGUGAAUGCAGGUGCACAUCAUACUGACAGAUAUGCCAACACAGAGUUGACUGUGAGGCGAGGACAAGCCUUCACUAUUAGCCUGUACUUCAGCAGGCCACAGCAGACUGGGGAGAGCUUAGCAUUUGUCACUGAAAUAGGACCAUCUCCCUCAGAAUCUCAUCGUACAAAGGCUGUAUUUAACCUCUCAGAGGUGGGGGCUAGUGGCUGGAGUGCUGUCCAGGAACCCAGUGAAUCUGGCUAUACCAACUUCACAAUAUCCAGCCCAGCCAAUGCUGUCAUUGGACGAUACAAUCUCAUCCUGCAGGUUACAUCUGGGAACAAGAUCUUCUCCAGAUUCCUGGGGCAGUUUGUGAUGCUUUUUAACCCUUGGUGCCCAGGUGAUGAUGUCUACAUGGCUAAUGAAAAUGAGAGACAGGAAUAUGUUCUGAAUGAAAACGGAAUCAUUUUUGUGGGCAACGCAAAGUACAUUGAAGCAAGAGGAUGGUACUAUGGACAGUUUCAAGAUCCUCUUCUAAACAUCUGUCUCACCAUGCUUGAUCUGAGCCUGUAUUAUCGUCAGGACCCAGCCACUGAUGUAUCCCGAAGAGGAGAUCCUAAGUAUGUGGGCAGAGUAAUCAGUUCAAUGAUCAAUGGAAAUGAUAAUGAUAAUGGAGUUCUCCUGGGAAAGUGGCAAGGAAGUUUCCAUUCUCAUGAGAAUCCAUCCAGAUGGGAUGGAAGUGUGGUAAUCCUUCAGAAAUGGCGUCAGGACAACUACAAGCCUGUUCAGUAUGGCCAGUGCUGGGUUUUUGCUGGUGUGAUGUGCACAGUUCUGAGGUGUUUGGGGAUUCCAACUCGUUUGAUUUCAAAUUUUAACUCUGCUCAUGAUGUGGAUAGAAACCUGAGUAUUGAUAAAUACUAUGACAGCUCUGGCAAGAGUCUUAAUAUCGGCAAGGAUUCCACAUGGGAUUAUCAUGUCUGGAAUGAAAGCUGGUUCAUUCGCCAAGACCUGGGAACAUCAUACAAUGGAUGGCAGGUUUUAGAUGCAACUCCACAAGAACAAAGCAAAGGAUUAUUUCAGUGCGGCCCUGCAUCUGUUAUAGCCAUCAAAGAAGGUGAUGUAGACUUGGAUUAUGACACCUUAUUUGUGUAUACGGAGGUGAACGCUGAUUGCAACAGAUGGAUUGUAUACAAUGAUGGAACUAAGAAAAAAGUUUAUUGUGAUACCGAAAUAAUUGGCAGGUUUAUCAGCACCAAAGCUGUGGGCAGCAAUUCCCGUGUGGAUGUCACUUACAAUUAUAAAUAUCCAGAAGGUUCUUCUGAGGAAAGACGAGUUUAUAAAAAGGCCUGGGCUAAGAUAUUUGGAUCAAACAUCCCAGAAAGACGCAGAGAAUCUCCAAGCGAAAGAUCUUCAGAGACAGUUAGAAACCCUGGGAUCUCUGGGAAAUUCAAGCUGGCUGAACCUCCAGUGUUUGGCAAAGAUAUUACUCUGAUCUUAAUUCUCAAUAACCUAUCUUUCGAUCACAAGACAGUGAGGGUGGAUAUAAGUGCAUCAACUAUCCUGUACACAAGGCGAGCAGUGGCAGAGAUCCUGCAGGCAACUACCUCUGUGGAUCUUGGUUCUAAACAAGGAAGACAUAUCUGGUUAAAGAUCCCUUAUUCUUAUUAUGGGAAGUAUCUGACUACUGACAAAAGGAUUCAAGUUACUGCUUUGUGUGAAGUCAUGAAUGUGCAUGGAGUAAAGCUACUGGUAGAGAAGACAGUCAUUUUAGAGGACGUAAACAUUAUCAUCAAGAUUCCUCAGCGGGUUGUAGUGAACAAAGCUGUUACUCUAGAGAUCUCGUAUGCCAAUCCUCUCCCUGAACCUGUGAACAGCUGUGUACUGCUAGUGACUUUGAUGAAUCAACAGGUCAAGAUACAUCUGGCAGGACUGGCACCGAGAGAGAGAUCAAGAAUUUAUUUUGAAUUUACACCUCGCAGGACUGGGCCCUUACAGCUGCAAGUAGACUUCUCUUGUGACAAAUUUUCACAUGUUAAAGGAUUUGUAACCAUUGCAGUAGCACCUGCAUAA